AAAUGGAUUAGCAAGAAUUUAUUUGUUACUCAUGCAAUAAAGUAUUAAAAUAAAAACGUGCUCUAUAAGAACAUUAAUUAAUCCAUUCUGGGGAGAAGCCCUAUAAAUGGUUAGUUUUUAUCAAUAAUUUGCUAGCAUAACUUGUAAUUAAUAGUUUCGAUAAUAUUCCUCUUUAUAAAAGCAUGACCGUAUUCACACAGGAGAAAAGCCAUAUUCUUGUUAAGAAUGUGAUUCAAAAUUCUCUUAAAUAUCAAAUUUGAAAAGACACCAAUUAAAACAUUAAGAACAGAAACCUUUUAUUUGUGAAAUUUGUCAAAAACAAUUCAUUACUAAUUAAAAUUAUUAAUAACAUAAAAACAAACACAAUUAAUAAAGGCAAAGAUAUGUUUGUGAAUGCAACCGAUCUUUUCUUUAUAAGUGUAGUUUAAAAAAACAUUAAAAGAUCCAUAAAAAACAUGAUAACACAGAUUAGUUCAUAAAUCUUUCACAAAUAAAUCAAAUUUCAGCAGAUCUCAGAAUAUUUUUUACUGCCUCACAUCCUUAAAUUCUCCAUUCAAAUCAUAUUGAUAUAUUAUUUAAUGGAAGAUUGUAUAAUUAUAAUGAAUGUAACUAUUUAAUUAUUAACCUUAAGCAACUGGCAGAAUUGAAUUGCAUGAUUUGAUUGAUUAAUAGAAGUAAAAUUGUGAUCCAAUUAAAGAUCAUCAACAUUUUGAUUCACAAACCCAAUAUGAUUUAAUUAAAUGCAUAGAUUGUAAAUAAGAAAAAUGUUGUUGCAAAUAAAAACAAUUUUUUAAUAAUUGCUGUUUAGCUUGUAAUGGUGGAAAUUGUGGAGAAACUCCAUUUGCAAUAUCCCAAGUAAUACAUUUUCAUGGUCCCAAUUGUGGCCAUCCAAUUGUUAUACAUGAUGGACAUAUCGAUUAUCUAGUUAAUGAAAGGCUGCACUUUCCUCAUGAUGGCCAUUGCGACAAUCAUGGAAUUUUGAAUAGAAUUAGAGUCAAAUGA